CCAGUUCCUAAUUGCACCUGCCAUAAAGAAAUGUCUCCUUUGAACCCUACACACGACCCUUCCAUGUCUCCCCUUUCAUGUUUUUUAUAAGACCCUUUUAUGCCUCUUAUUCCCAUUGUCCCACUUCCAUCUCACUCACUCCCUUCUCAGAUUUUUGUAUUUCCUAGUGUGCCCGUGUGCCUACAAAUUUUUAUUCCCUUCUCCUUUUCACUUUCUCACACACCUAACACACUCUUUCUUAUCAUGGCUUCUUCAAAUGGAACUACCUCUGGAACUGGUUCUCCUUGUGGAGCAUGCAAAUUCCUCAGAAGAAAAUGUGCACCUGAUUGCAUUUUCGCACCUUACUUCUGCUCAGAACAAGGCCCUGCAAGAUUUGCAGCCAUUCAUAAAGUUUUUGGUGCCAGCAAUGUUUCUAAGCUGCUUUUGCAUAUACCAGCUCAUGAACGUUGUGAAGCUGUUGUCACUAUUGCUUAUGAGGCUCAAGCUCGUAUUAGAGAUCCUGUUUAUGGCUGUGUCUCACACAUUUUUGCCUUACAACAACAGGUAGCAUGCUUGCAGACACAACUGAUUCAAGUGAAAUGUCAGCUGUCACAAAACAUAGAGAAUAGUAAUAAUAAUAAUAAUCAAUGGACAGGGAAUAAUGAUAAUAAUGUUGUUGGAACACAACAAAUGAAUUAUCAUCCUUUUUGUCCAACUUACAUGAACCCUAUAUCUCCUCAAAGCUCACUCGAGUCAUCAGUUGAUCAUAGCGGAAGCAUGAAUAAUGAUGGAAUGAUGAACAUGCAAGAUGUACAAAGUAGUAGAGAUGAUUUUUUAUUUCAAGUUUGUAAUAGCUCUAAGAAAAGAAUGUCAUAUAACAAUAGUAAUAGUCAUGACUUGGGUGAGUUGCAAGAAUUGGCUCUUAGGAUGAUGAGGAACUAACUAGUUGGUUUGGAGUAAAGCUAGCAUAGUGGCAUUUGAACUAUUGAAUGAUGUUCCUUGAUGUUGAGGAGAUAUAAGCUUUUUUUUUUCUCCCUAUAGUUGUAUAUAACGAGUGUCAACAAUCAUGCGAUAUGAACUAUUGAAUCAA